UUUGUGUGUUCUCUGUCAUUCUUGAACUUGUUCUGCUUUCUCCCUGCCCCUCUGUGAGGGGAUCAGCAGCCCUUUUCUGUUUGCUUGUCCCCAGCCUGCACCUUGCUACUGGCACGGGUGGGGAGGGGGUGCUGUGCUGCACCAGAGCUGGCACUGAAGAUGCAGUGCCACCUGCACAGUAGUAGCUUCACCUUGCUUCUUCAGAGACGUGCUGUGUGGUGGUCAGGAGCGGUGUGGCUAUGAAAGUGUCGAGCACAGGGCAGAAUGCUGAUGAGGGAGAGGGUGCUGGUGAUGGAGCAAAUAUCCCCAGUUUGGUUGCUUACCCAGAUUGUCCAAGUUUAGCCCAUUCACUGCGGAGUGGGAGAGUUACUGGCAGCUGUCUGGGACAAUGUGAUGAGCGAUGCCAGACUGCAAGAACCCACACUGUUCUCUCUGGAGACAGGGAGUGGUGAGCUUCUUGCCACAGCGAGCAAUGCUGCUUUGGUAGAGAGUGUGAAAGUACAGCAGAGCUGAGGCUUGGUGCCAUGUGUGCCCAAGCCAUCACUGAAUUGUUUAGGGAGCCCUGGGCUGUCCUACAUCAGUGAGCUUUAUCACUAACUGUAUCAGAUAGGUCUGCCAAGGCCAGUACUUUGCUUUUAAUUGCACCACAAGUGACUCUGCCAAGCAGAUUAGCAACACCAGGGAUAGAGCCGGUAGUGCUGGAACCCUGGAAUUUUAGGUGCAGUAUCAAGGGUGGGAAGGGUGCAGGCCUCUGCUGCGGCAGGGGCUCUCCACACCCAGCCUGGUGCAUGAACCCUUGUCAGGCAGGUUUAAGCUUCUCUCCUCCAGCUUGGUUUGCUUCCCAUCCUUGGUUCUGCAAAUUCUUACAGGCUCUGGUGAGUCAAUGAAGACUGGGUGUUGUAAUAGCAGCUUUGGAGGACACGUACCCAGUUUUUUGUAGUGAGAGCUGGCUGGAUCUGUCAGGUGGAGCCUGAGUACAGACUUUGCUUGACUAUUGUCUGUGUUCCCACCUGGAGCAAGUGGCUUGCUUUCUGCAGAGGUCCUCUGUUUUUGCUGCAUGUGUGGAGUGGGAACUGCUUGCUGCUCUUGUUCUGCCUUUUGCAGGGAGACUUUUUAGGGCCAGGGGAAUGUUACUGAAGCCAGCAUGGCCGGGCUUGCUGCAUGGCGACCUGGCCUGAGCCCAGGCUUUGCUGAGCGCUUGUCUUCUAAUAGAAAUGGAGAACGUUAAAUAGACCUGGAGGGUUGGAACUUCUGAAAUGGAGUAAUUGCCUGGAGAAAGGGAGGAACAGAGCAUAUUAGAGCCUGUCGGCUGCUGUCUUCUGUCCAAGAUGAGUUUUCAACUGUGCUGACAUAUCUGAGAAUAUUGGGGAUGCCUUGUGAGCUACAGGUAGAGCAAAAAGGCUCCAAGGCUGAAGACUCCACAUAUGAAAUGCCUGUACUGAGGUCAUACUGGACCUGUAGGUGCUGGGUCUAUGCAGCCACCCAAAUUCUCCCUGGCAGUUUCACCUGCUUUUCUUGCUGCCGGACUAUCUGGAGGACUGUUUGCUGUAUCCUCUGGAUUAUACAUUGGGGUAGUCUCAAACAGUAUAGCUCCUGUUUGCGCAGGCUCUGCUUGGGUUGGAGAAGUCAUAGUGUUUCUUUACCGUUCCUUCUCUUCUGCUGAUCUAAACACAGGACUAUUUUCCUUUUGAGCACGAGAACUCACUGUUUUCUCUGCCUUUUGGCCUCUGUUGAACACCUUUUAAAACUUCCACUGGCUGUAAGCCACAGGCUGGGCACCAUGGCCCUCCAGUCUUUCUAAUGGCAAAUUUAGGUCAGGUGUUGACAAGCAGAACAUCAGACAGGUUUUCACUUGUGUUAUGCAGCAGGAGAGUGCUUCUGGAAGCAGGAGUGUGGCUGGGCUCUCCUCCAGGCAUCACAACUGUCCUAGUCCUCCUGGGUGAAGCAGCAGCCCUCCUGCUGCUGCUGACUCUCUGGAGAAGUAGAUGUGGUUCCCCUUCUAUAGAGCUCGUGUGGUAUCUUGUAUCUUGCUGUGUCUCUGCUGUGUUGAGAGCUCUGGUAGGCACAUCGUGCUACAGUGGUUUGGCAAUGUGCUGCCUGAGGUGCUUGGAGCAGUAUGGAGCAUCAGGAGAAACUGCGUACUCCUGCCUAGCCUGCACCUGUACAAGCAAGCAGCUGAGGGGCUGGCUGAGAGCUCUGCUGCAGACAGACCAUGCUGCUGUGUUCCUGUGCCAUUAAAUAAUUUCCUUGAGUUUGGACCCUUGGGAUCCCUGGCUGUGUUUCAUUCCUGUUGUGGUGUUCUGUUUGUUUUUUAAGCCAGUGAGACCUCUACUUCCUUUUGUUAGCCCUCCCAGAUGUGUGCUACAGAAACAGGCUUUGUGGGGAGUGUGCUUUGGAAGCCAGUCUUGAACAUGUGAUUUGGGGAGGAAUGUUCUUCAGCAAUUGCCAAAGAACAGCUGGGAGUUCCCGGUGGUGUAUAUGGCUGGAGCGCAGCUGAUUGUUCUUUUCUUCUUUUUGUCUGUAGGUUGUGCUAGCAGGCAGUCCUUGCAGAGCUGACACCCAGGGGCUUUUGGACACCUCUGGGUGCUUUGGAGUCUCAUGCCAGCUUGAUGCGUGCAGGACACGGAUGGACCUGGACAAGGCUGGAGAUGGGGUGUUUGUAAGCACAUUGGCACUUGCCAUGCACCCAGCAGGGUCAGUGGACAGUAGCUUUUCCCGCUCUGCUGUGCAGACCCUCUCUCGGAGCCACUGCCGCAACAUCAAACAGAAGAUCUCCCAGUGGGAGGAGAGGACACAAGGGUGCUCCAGCAAGGAGAAACAGCAGCUGAAGGACUUUGGAGUAAAGUAUGACCCCAGCUGCGAUGCUGUACCCAAAGUGAAGCCAGAACAUACAGAGAAAGGCAGAAUGACUAGGUCCAGAGAUCCGAAGAGCCUGGGUUUGGACUUCAGGGAAGACACAUGGAGCUGCUUGCAGACUGAUGACUGUGGUGACCUCAAGCCCUGUUCAUGUAGCCUAGCUUCCCAGGCUGAGGAGAAAGGAGAGUGGCAAGCAGGCUUCCGGGACCUGGAGGUGGCACUGCCCCCAGGGAACUUCUAUACCUCACAAGCUCUGUGGAGGAGAGUAGAUCCCCUUCAGCCUGGCAAAGCCCCACUAGUUCCCUUGGACCUUCGGAGGAAGCAAGGGAGCUGUGGCUCCACUGAAAGAGAACUUAAACUCAAAGGAGUGGACUCCCUUUGCAAGACGGAGAUGAGCUUGAAAAACAUUUACUCUGAGGCUGAGGGGCAAGAGGAGGAGCCAUCUGCUGUCCCACCACCCAAGCCCCGUAGGACUUUCCGCUAUCUUGCAGAAAAGGGUGCUAGUAGCUGUAGCAAUGCCAGUGCUACCAGGGAAGUUCCCCUGCAGAAGCAGCAUGGAGGAGACUUGGUGUCAUCCUUCAACAAUCCUGAGAAGAGAAUAGCCAGCAGGAGGAUCAGAGGGAGAGCCCAGAGGAAAUCUUUUGAGUUUGAGGACAUCCAGGGCUUCCGCAACCGGAUGGCAACCACCAACUCUCACAGACUUCGAGAAGAGAAAAAUGGCACUACAGGAUCCAGGCUUGUCUACACACAGUCAGAAGACAACAUCUACGAGGACAUUAUCUGUCCCGCAAAAGAGAACCCCUAUGAAGAUAUUGGAGCGCUGCCCUUACCCCUGUGGAAGGUCCCAUCUGUCUGGAAGCUACCACCCACCCGGAACACCAGUAGGGCUCCCAAGCCUCCACCAAAACCUCCCUUCCUCAGUCGCAAGACUCUUGAGCUAAAGCCCUCCCAGACAAAUUUCCAAGGGAAAAUGGUGAAGGACACAACCCUGCCGGUCACACUGACCGAGUGGAAGCUGUUCCGAGCAGUGGAGGCUGCUAGCAAGAGAAAGAACUUGCCCUGGCUGGUACUAAAAAUACAGGAGAUCUUUGACUCUAAGCGUGGAAAGAAGAGGGUGAAGUUGCUCGGUCCUGCUGCGAGAGAAGUGCCUCCAGUGAAAGGUGAAACCAGUGGGAAUGAAAGUGAUACGGAAAAUCAGCCGAAAAGUCGACACAGGUGCCUACUGCAGGUGCAGUCAGUCUCCAAGAGGAACCCUCACUACCAGACUCUGGAGAGGGAUUUGAUAGAGCUUCAGGACCAGCGGCUAUUUGAGCUGUUUGUGGUGGUGUCGCUGCACAAGAGGGCAUCUGAGAUGACAUACACACCACAGAUCAUACAGCAGUUUCCCAGCAAGCCUGAACAUCCCUUCAGACAGUCAAAGGAUACUGAAGAGAGGCUAAAGGUCAUCCCCAAAUUCUGCUUUCCAGAUCCCAAAGACUGGUUUCCUGCAUCAGACCUUAAAAGUGAAACAUUUUCUUUUGUAUUGACGGGUGAGGAUGGCGGACGCUGGUUUGGGUACUGCAAGAAGCUCCUGCCAGAAGGGAAAGGGAAGCGCCUUCCUGAGGUAUACUGCAUCGUUAGCCGCCUGGGCUGCUUCAACCUCUUCUCCAAGAUUUUAGAUGAAGUGGAGAAGAGGCGAGAGAUGUCCCCAGCCCUAGUAUACCCAUUUAUGCGCAGUGUAAUGGAGGCGCCUUUCCCUGCUCCUGGACGCACGAUUACUGUGAGAAGUUUCCUGCCAGGAGCAGGAAACGAGGUGAUGGAACUCUGCCGUCCACUGGAUUCUCGACUGGAACAUGUGGACUUCGAAUGCCUGUUUAAGUGUCUAAGCGUCUCUCACACGAUUCAGGUCUUUGCCUCUCUCCUGCUGGAAAGGAGAGUGAUCUUUGUUGCUGACAACUUAAGCACUCUGUCUAAAUGUGGCCAUGCCGCAGUUGCAACGCUUUAUCCCUUCACUUGGCAACACACCUACAUACCAGUCCUACCAGCUUCUAUGAUUGACAUUGUGUGCUCUCCGACCCCAUUCUUAAUUGGCAUUCUCUCCUGCUCGUUACCACAGCUCCAGGACCUGCCCAUAGAAGAGGUAUCAGAUGAAGAUGAGAUCCUGCCUCAUAAACUCCAGGCUGCACUUGUACAAAUCUUGGAAGAACGAAGUGAAAUCUUGUCCCAUGAGCAGAGUGUCACACAAGGUGACACGCCUCUCAACUCCCUGGUCUCUGAAGCUUUUGUGCAAUUCUUUGUGGAGAUCUUCGGACACUACUCCCUGCACAUGAAUGUCACAGAAAAAGGGGAGCGGGUGUUUCAGCGGGAACUGUUCCGCAAAUCUCACGUGUCACGAAAUGUGCGUCAUUUCUUGCACUUCUUCAUGGAAACGCAGAUGUUCGCAGGGUUCAUACAGGAUCGAGAGCUAAGAAAGAACACGGUCAAAGGACUUUUUGAGGUCCGUGCUUUGGAGUAUUUGGAGAGUAUUCCAGAGACAGAACCAACUGGAAUGAACAAAAUCCUUCGCAGUCUUGGAAGUAAAAUGAAAUUUCUUCAGAAGAAGUGACGGUGCGCUGCUGCUGCUGCAGGCCAGCGGAGCGGCGGCGGGCCGGGAGAACCGCCUGCCCCGCGCCGGGCGCGGGACCCCUCUGUGCCUCCAGCAGGGCCGGGGCGCGCGGGGGGGGGUCUGCGUGCUGCCACCCGUGACAUCAUCACUGGCCAGU